CCCCUGAUUGGCACAGAAGCCAGGAACUGCCAAGAGCUGUUGGGUAAAGGGAAGAUCCUGAGCGGCUGGUACACCAUCUACCCCCAGGGCUGCAACGCCACCACCGUCUUCUGUGACAUGGACACAGAUGGAGGAGGAUGGAUCGUUUUCCAGAGGCGCUGGGAUGGGUCAGUGAACUUCUUGCGAGACUGGGUUUCAUACAAACGAGGCUUUGGCAACCAGCUGACGGAGUUCUGGCUGGGGAAUGACAACAUCCACUUCCUCACCUCGCUGGGGCCCUGUGAACUCCGUGUUGACCUGAGAGACUUUGAAAACAACUACUAUUUUGCCAAGUACGCUUCAUUCCGAGUUUUAGGAGAGUCUGAGAAAUACAAACUGGUUCUAGGAGACUUCCUUGGUGGAAAUGCCGGAGACUCCUUAUCGUACCACAAGGACAUGCCAUUUUCAACGACAGACCAGGACAACGACAUGAGCUCCUUUAACUGUGCCACAGAGUACAAGGGAGCGUGGUGGUACAACGACUGCCAUUACUCCAACCUGAACGGGAUGUACUGGCCGGGUGUUCACGUGAGCUAUGCCGAUGGCAUAAACUGGAAGACGGGCAAAGACUACCAUUACUCCCAUAAGCGAACGGAAAUGAAAUUCAGGCCAGUUUAACAUGGCAAGAGGUGUCCAGCCAGCACCAACUGGUGCCACUCAGCCACCGAGAGAAGACA